UCGUAGAGGAAAAGCGAUUUUUCGCCCGCGUAUCGGAAUCGUGUGUUCAGACUUAUUGUUGUGGUAUCAGUGCUUAUUUCUAGUUUCUAUCAAGACCGAGAUUCGAGAUUUUCGUAGUACUCCAAAGGUAUCACAAGUGUUGUGCAAAGGAAGUGUAGUGCAGUGAUGUGCUAGUGUCGACAAUAUGGAAGCGCCUUUGCCUCUGGAGGUUGAAGACGAGGGCAGGCCUCAGCAGACCUCCUCGAGCGGAAGUGGCUCUUCAUCCGGCACCGGCUAUUAUGGACAUAAAAAUGGUGAAUGGCGUGGUGAAAGGCGGAUGCUGGACAUCACCAGAGACAAGCCUGUCAAAGUGUGCGUCCGGGUCGUGGUGCCAGUUAGAGAUCAUCCAAAGUUCAACUUCGUGGGGAAGCUGUUGGGUCCAAAAGGCAACUCCUUGAAGCGGCUGCAAGAGGACACCAUGUGCAAGAUGGCCGUCUUAGGACGAGGAUCUAUGAAGGACCGUCAAAAGGAAGAGGAGCUACGUUUGUCCGGUGACCCGAAGUUCGCUCACCUGUCCGACGAGCUGCACGUAGAAAUCAGCGCUUUCGCCACGCCGGCUGAAGCUCACGCACGCAUAGCGUACGCACUCGCCGAGCUGAGGAGGUUCUUAGUACCGGAUUACAACGAUGAUAUAAGGCAAGAACAAAUGCUUGAAAUGCAAAUUCUGUCGUCACAAAAUGAACAAAGGCGCUUGACACCUCCGGACUCCUCGAGAAGUGGCAGUGAGGAAACGCUGCCUUUAAGGGACAAUGCGAACAAACAAAGACUACCAACCACACCGCUCAUACACGCGCAGCCGACUUUACCGGCUUUACCGGCUUUAGCCGUCAACCACACCAACGCGCAUGAAUUCUCACCUCCCACACCGACCCCUGCGCCAGAGCACCUAACUCAUCAUCAGCAGUUGGCUCCAAGUCAUCCAGCUCAUGGGAUGUUGGUCAGCGGAGGUGUAAUGCAGCAACCCCCGACUCACCACUUGCUAGCACAAAACGCCAUAUUGGGUGGCGGCGACAUACUGGGUCUGAGCAGCCCGGUCCUGGGGGGGAUGCUGCACGCACACCCUGCCCUGCGUGGGGUGAAGCCCACCACCGUUCACGCGUUAGCUACGCAAGGUGCGGGUGGGGCGGGUGGCGCGAGCGGGCGCAAGCGGCCGCUACUGGGUGCGCGGGCCGCCAUGUCGCCGACUAAGCGCGCUGUCAUGACACUGCUGGCCCGCGCGCGCGCUGCCACGCACAAACACGCGCCGCAGUGGCCCGCGCCGCACGAACACCCAGCACUUUUUCCGCUUAUAAGGGACGACUUCGUGACCGGGGUCGGCGUGAAUAUCAACUUAGCCUAA